AUGCCUUGUACGGUACUACCGAUUCAGUUGGAACAAGUCCAACGCUUCUCAGAAACGAACAAGCCCGCAACGAAGAUUCGAGGAAACACAAAGGAAGAGCGCGAUGAAGCGGCACGGCAGUGGCGGCGCGAGUACAUGCGGCAGCGACGGCAGCGAGACAAGCUGGAAGAGGCCGCAUUGCAGCAACGCGUGAGCGAAGAGGAGGCGAAGAAGGGUGCCAUUCAAGCGGAACUGCAGCGGCUUCGAGCGCAGGCGUCAGUGCUUCGCGACAUGGUGGCCGAGGAGGGCAAAUCGCCCAUGUCAAACGACUCCACUUCCAGCAGAAGCAGCAUCUCGCACAACACUGACAUGUAUGUUCUUCACUCGCAGCGUCAUGAGCAGCAGGGCGAUGGUGGUGACGGUCGCACUGGUGACAUUGACAACGACAACAAGGACGGCACCACCAUCGUGAACAUCGACAGCGACAUCCUCAGUACCACCAGCAUGACACGGUGCACCACCAUCCAGAAGAGCUUUUGCCUGUCUCUUUGA